AUGGAAGCAGGAGACGCGAUUUUACCUCGCAUUAACAGAAUCGCGGCGAUGGCUGAACAAAUCCGUCUUUUAGGAGGCGCGAAAUCCGAGCAUGAGGUUGUCACGAAGGUGUUAACGUCACUAUCAGAUUCAUAUAAUAAACGUUUUCCUGCUUCUAUGGUGGGACGCGAGGAUGUGGGGGGUGGGACUGUUGAAAAUCUUAUUAAGCUUUUUGUUCUAUACGAGCUGGAAUCAGCCGAUGCUCUUGCUCGGAUAGCGACAAGGCUUGGUGAAGAACACAGGGCUGCUAAGCGGUGCAGGGAGUGCAAAAGGCACAACCACAGAGUAAAAGACUGUUAUUUCGCUACAAGGCCAGGUGAUUCGAGUGGGAGCAGGCGAGUUCGAGCAAGGAGAGGCGAACCUUUUCUAGGCAGGGAAGAAGGGCACUAUGCAAUGGAUAACUCGGCGGCGGAGACGCCAGCUCGGAAAGGUCAAAACAGGAAUGAAGCACCUGAGUAUGAAAUGUUAGCAUUCUUUCGUCCUGGUGUGACAUUUGAUGAGGAUAUGUGGCUGAUAAACAAUACCGCCUCGAUUCAUAUGACUCCGUAUGAGAAGUAUUUCGCCACUCUAGACAGAACACACAGAGCCCCGGUCAAUUUCUUCACCGGAGUUCCUAUCAUGUCCGAAGGAAUGGGAGACGUCGUGAUCAUGACUGGUAAAGGGAAGACGACGAUAAAGAAUGUGCUUUUUGUCCCCGGAAUCAUAGGAAACGUGCUGAGUGUUGGUCAGAUGGAGAGGAGCGGCUAUGCAGUUGACAUGCGAUCACACGUUUGCGUUAUAAAAGAUUGUACUGGGAAAUUAUCUGGUGAAACAAGGAGGGAUGGUGACAGAGGCUUUUGUCUGCGUUUGAAGGUGAUUUGA